UGUUCCACACACACACAUACACACACAGCUUGCCAGGAAUCUCCCCCCACGGACCAUCGGUUACCCCUGGACGCUGGCGUUUGGCACGUCAAAGCACGGCAUGAGCAUUAAGACACUGUACAGAGCCAUGCAGGGCCAGGACACGCCGGUCCUGCUGGUCAUUAAGGACAGCGACGGUCAGGUAUUUGGUGCACUUGCAUCUGAACCCUUUAAAGUCAGCGAUGGCUUUUACGGCACAGGAGAGACCUUCCUCUUUACCUUCAAUCCAGAGUUUGAGGUAUACAAAUGGACAGGUGACAACAUGUUUUUCAUUAAAGGAGACAUGGACUCUUUGGCUUUUGGUGGAGGAAGCGGUGAGUUCGGCCUGUGGCUGGACGGAGACCUGUACCACGGCCGGAGCCACUCCUGUAAAACCUUUGGGAACCCAAUGCUCUCCAAGAAGGAGGAUUUCUAUGUGCAGGACAUCGAGGUGUGGGCUUUUGAAUAACAAACCUGCUGCAACACAGGGAAAAAAAACAAGUCCUACACACAGGACCAAACCCAGGGAGCGGUCCUCCUUCAGAACAGUGGCAACAUCCCAAACCUAACUGCACACCACCAGGUGCUCCCCUGUCUGGAGGCCAGAUACUGGAUGCUUGUUCCCUGUGCGGCGUCUUUGCAGAGUAGGGAGAGUACGAGGAGAAAUGCAAGGGAAGCAGGGUAGGGACCGCGCGGUCACUAAGGCCAACUGGACUUCCUGAGGCUGAGGUUUGGGACUGCUGCAAGAAAGGAAAGCUGCCCCACCUGGUGCAAAUAGUGCAUCAGAACUCUGAAGAACCUCAAGGAAUCCCCCCUCCCACAUCACCACACCACCACCACCAACUUCUGGGAUCCCAGCUAGAACUCCAACUCACUGUGCUGUCGGCCGUUACGGAGAGAGACUCAGUCGGAGGAAACCGAACACAUUCCAUUUCUCUUGAUCGUGGAGUGUCAAAAGUGGUGAUUUGUGGUGAACUUACAAAAACAAAAAACAAGAAAAAAAACCCACGUCCGCAUCCGGAACCGAUGACGUUAAACGAGCGAAUACGUGCUGUGUGUGUAGGUGAAAGGGGGAGGAGUGAGUUUGUCCUCCCCUCCCUCCUCCCUUGAGGCUUAACUUAUUGAGUAUCGUGUGUCGUAGUCCUGUCGUUCACUGUCCAUAGCACACCGUCUGAAAGCACAUAGCUAUAACCAGACCACCCGUCGUCGUAGCGUUCCGUUCAGUGGGUGUACGUGUGAGUCCAGCUGCCGGCCGGACGCUGGCUCUACUGUUUCGUAGACAGUAACGUGUUGCAAUAGAUUUGUGGAAUAUGCAAAUAAACUGUCCUGUGACCUCAACUAACCCCGCCGGGCGGCGACUCUUUGGCCGCCGUUUGGAGAAAGAGAGAGAGGAACGUGUAAAGCUUUUACGUCUUGAUACACAUAAUUGCUUCUCUGGGUUUCAUUUGAAGGCCUGAGAUGUGGUUACCUGUUUUACAUGCAUAUAUGACAAUUAUAUAUUGUAUAUAUGAUUAUAUAACUUUAUAUAAUCAUAUAUAUUUUGCUGUUGAGUGUGACAGUGAUAUAUUUGUGCUGAUAUUUCAGCUGUUACUAUAUAUUGUAUAUUACCCUGUAAAUUAAUGGUAAAAUAGUAGAUUUGUUGCAAUAUAUA